CACCCUUUUCCUCUCUUUUCUUUGUGCUUCUUGUUUCAGCGCAUCUCAGUUGUGCGGUAAUACAUGAGCAUUGGUGGUGAUUAGGUAUGAACUGGUCACAGCUGGAGGCCCUUCUCAGCGGGGUCAACAAAUAUUCAACAGUCUUUGGUCGUUUGUGGCUGUCUAUAGUGUUUGUGUUCAGAGUUCUGGUGUUUGUUGUGGCAGCUCAGCGUGUUUGGGGCAAUGAGAGCAAAGAAUUCGAGUGCAACACCAAACAGCCAGGCUGCACCAACGUCUGCUAUGACAGCAUAUUCCCCAUCUCUCAUAUCCAUCUAUGGGCCUUGCAGCUGAUCUUUGUCACUUGUCCAUCUCUCAUGGUUGUAGCCCAUGUUAAACACAGAGAGGAAAAAGACAAGAAGUAUAUGGCCAUCCACAAGGGCUCCCGUUUAUAUUCCAACCCUGGGAAAAAACGUGGGGGACUUUGGUGGACCUACCUGCUGAGUUUGGUCUUCAAAACGGUGGUUGAUGCUGCCUUUCUCUACAUUCUUCAUUACAUGUAUAAGGGCUUUGACCUGCCUCGUAUUUCCAAGUGUUCGCUGGACCCUUGCCCCAAUACGGUGGAUUGUUUUAUCUCUCAUCCUACAGAGAAGAAUAUCUUUACCUACUUUAUGGUGGCCUCCUCGGCUCUCUGCAUCUUCAUGUGUAUCUGUGAAUUGGUUUAUCUCAUUGGAAAGCGCAUACUGACAAACUGCAUGAUGCCACAAGCACCACCGCAAAAAUAUAAAAGAACUGACUCCACUUUUGCCAGCAACCAAAGCAUGAGUUCAAGAAAAUCAAAGGACACUAAAAAAGACAAAACAGUUCUUUAAAGACAGUGUUAUGUCUCAACAAAUGUGGAUUUAAUAUAAUGAACCUUACUUUUUGCAACGUCCAAAACUUGCACACAAAAAUGGAAGGACAUACCUCUUUAUUAAAAGAAUGUUCCUGGUUGUGUUCCAAUGUUCCAAUACCAGAUACCAAUUAAUAUGUUAAGUUUAUUCUAAUCUACAGAAUUAGUGUUGAUUACCACAAAAAAACAUUUAGAAAAUUCUCAUUGCUCCUUUAUUUAUUUUUUUAUUUAUUAAAGCAAAAUCUUAGUUACAGUAAGGAAUUUACAAUGGAUGUGAAUGGGGCCAGUACAUGCUGUUUUAUAAGUAUAGCCAGAGACUGUUAAUCCUGAGAUGAAGCAAUGCUAUAGAGCUGUUCAGUUUGUAGUCCACAAACCUGAAAAUCCUAUUGGUUUUUAUAAUGUUUUUUUUUUUUUUUAACUAAAAGUCUGUGGUAAACAUUACUUGAUGAUUUGUGGACAUUUCCUUCUACAACAUAAAUUACACACUUUCAUACCUUAAAUGUGAACAAACGGGAAAAUUGAAGCUGAGCAGCUCUGUUAAAUGAAUGGGAGAAAUGAAGCCAAUAUGGCAGAUGUAGAAAAGGGAGUCCUGCCUCACAGUCACUCGAGAACACGCAUGUAUGAUUAUGAGGUAAAAAAAAAAGCAAUAAUAAUAAU